AUGUCCGGAUGCCUUCUUCGCGAGCCACGUAACGCGAUGCCAGGCAGGGACGAAGCCGAAUCUGGGACGGCCUCCGCUGUUCGCCAAGCUUUGAGUGGUGCAGAUCUGGGACACCUGUCUCAAGAUGCGCUUCAUAGGCGCCGCAACGAGCUCGCCCCGGCGGUAUCGGACCCUACCCAGGAAGGGAUCGCACUGGCCACAGCAAACAGCGCGACCCCCGGUCUGGUCGCUGUGGAUGGGAGCGAGCCAAAGAAACUUGAGAGCAAGUGGUUUAUGGAUAUGCCGAAAGAAGAUAAGGAGGCGACACUUUUGCUCAUCCUGCUGUACAUGCUACAAGGUAUUCCAGUCGGACUUGCUUUUGGCACGAUGCCAUACUUGCUGAAGCAGCACUUGAGCUACUCGGACAUUGGGAUUUUUAUGCUUUGCACGUAUCCCUACUCCCUGAAACUGCUGUGGAGCCCUAUUGUAGAUACGCUCUGCGCACAAAAAUGCCGCAUUCCUUGCACAGCAUGGACACUUUCGCUAGGGAGAAGAAAGAGCUGGAUUGUCCCUGUACAGCUGGCGAUUGGUGUCAUGCUGUACGUAGUUGCAAUGCACGUUGAUGCGUACAUUCUCGGGCCCCAACCCAACGUCUACCUCGUCACGGGAAUUUUCUUUGCGCUAAUUACCUUGGCCGCGACGCAGGAUAUUGCUGUUGACGGUUGGGCACUUACGCUACUUUCGGAAGAGAAUGUGGGAUAUGCAAGCACUGCCCAGACGAUUGGAGUCAACAUCGGCUACUUUAUGAGCUUUACCGUGUUCCUCGCGUUCAACAGCGUCGAGUUCAGCAACAAGUACUUCCGCGCGCUGCCACUGGACUACCCACUCCUGUCGCUCGCAGCCUAUUUGAAGCUGUGUAGUGGUCUCUUUCUUCUUUUCACCACCUGGCUCUUGUUUUUUAAAAAGGAGCAGCACCAUGCGGAGGCAGCCGAGAUGGAUGUGGGGCAAGUGUACUCCAUCAUGUGGCGCAUUUGCCAACUUAAACAUGUGCGACUUCUUAUGGCUACACAUCUUAUUGCCAAAAUUGGGUUCCAGACAAACGAAGCGGUUACAGGCCUCAAACUCGUCGAGCAUGGGCUUGGCAAGGAGGAUUUAGCGUUUGCCGUGCUGAUCGACUUUCCUUUCCAGAUCGUGUUUGGGUACAUGGCCGCAGCUUGGUCUCGAGGCGACAGAGCUUUGCAGCCUUGGCUGCACGCAUUUGUCGGGCGCCUCGUACUCGCACUCGUAAGCAUGGCCACCGUGUAUGGACUGCCAUCAUCGCCUUCAACAAUCAGCAACUCGUACUUUUUGCUCAUUAUUGUAUCCACCGUGCUGAACAGUUUCGCAGCGACUGUGCAGUUUGUGGGAAUUUCGGCAUUUCAUACCCAGAUUGCCGAUCCUGUGAUUGGCGGCACGUACAUGACCCUCCUGAAUACGGUGAGCAACCUAGGGGGAACAUGGCCGCGCUACUUUGUCCUCAAACUUGUCGAUUUUCUGAGCAUUUCUGAAUGCGAGCCGCCGUCUGCCAGCAAAAUCGAGUUUCAACGCGAUACGAAAUACGCGCAGGGCGGCAACAGCACAAGCCUUUUGGGGCUGGGCGAGUGCGUUUCCGAUGCGGGAAAAGCGCGCUGCGAUGCCGUGGGCGGUACAUGCCAUAUACUAAGGGAUGGGUACUAUUGGACAAAUAUAACUUGCGUCGUAAUUGGCGCCGUCACCCUUUUCGCCUUCAUUCUUCCCGUCGCACGACGUCUGCAAAAGAUUCCCAACGCCGCUUGGCGCGUGAGCCUCCACAAGGAGGCGACAUAG